CAAACCACGCGCUUCCCUUCUUCGUUUCCCCAUUUUGAUUUGACCUCCGAAUCCCGAAUGCAAAACCACCAUCUGUUUCCCAGCACAACGAACAAAGCGCGCAAGCUCGGAGAAUCUUCAAAGCACGAGCACGAGCACGAGCACCAGCAAAUCGCCAAUGGGAGCUGCGAGCGUCUGGAACGCCAUGGAGGUCGCCGGGGAAGCCAGGGACAGCUGCGGCCCCGCCAUUCCCUCCUCGCCCCUCGCCGUCGACACUUCCCUCUCUCUCCCCGAGAUGUCCCCUCGCGUCAUAGAGCUCUGCAAGGAUUUGUUCGCGGCGUGGUCGAAGCUCGACGACUCUCGUUUCACCGUAGAGACCGUGUCCGGCGGCAUCACGAAUCUGUUGUUGAAGGUGUCUGUGAAAGAAGAAAGCGGAAAUGUGGAAUCUGUUACUGUCAGAUUAUACGGGCCUAACACCGAGUAUGUCAUUGAUCGCGAAAGAGAAUUCCACGCUAUCAAGUACCUUUCGGCUGCAGGAUUUGGUGCAAAGUUGCUUGCAGUUUUUGGGAAUGGCAUGGUUCAGUCAUUUAUAAAUGCUCGUACACUCAAUCCAGAAGACAUGAGAAAGCCAAAGGUGGCAGCUGAGAUUGCUAAGCAGCUGCACAAAUUCCAUCAAGUGGAAAUUCCAGGUUCUAAAGAACCUCAACUAUGGAAUGAUAUAUUCAAGUUUUUCGGGAAAGCAUCUGAUAUCAAAUUUGAUGAUAAUGAAAAGCAAAGGAAGUACGAGACCAUAUCUUUUAAGGAAAUUCAUGAUGAACUUCUUGAGCUAAAGGAAUUAACUGGCCUUCUUAAUGCUCCUGUGGUGUUUGCUCACAAUGACUUGCUCUGUGGCAAUUUUAUGCUCAAUGAUGAGGAAGGGAAACUUCACUUGAUUGAUUUUGAGUAUGGGUCAUAUAAUUACAGAGGGUUUGACAUAGGAAAUCACUUCAAUGAAUAUGCAGGCUAUGAAUGCGACUACAGUUUGUACCCAAGUAAAGAUGAACAGUAUCAUUUCUUCAGGCACUAUCUGAUGCCAGACAAACCGCAGGAGGUGUCUGAUAAAGAUCUCGAAGCACUGUACAUCGAGACCAACACGUACAUGUUGGCAUCACACCUAUUUUGGGCAUUAUGGGGACUAAUCCAGGCAAAGAUGUCGCCCAUCGAUUUCGAUUACAUGGAAUAUUUCUUUCUGCGGUAUAACGAAUUCAAAAAGCAGAAGCAGAGUUCCAUCUCAUUGACCAAAAGCUACCUUACAGGAUGUUGAGCCGGGGGUUUGUGUUUGUUUGUAUGUCCACACUUAGCCAUCUGUCUAUAGAAGCUUUUGGAUAGAUUUUCCCACAUUUAGGAUUCAUACUGUAAUGCAGGACACUAGAUUCACUUAUGAAAGAAAUUGCCAGAAAGUUUGCGACGUGGUGUCCUCUGCAGGAGUAGCCCCUAUUGUAGCCUUAUUUGUUCACCAUUCUUUUUUCACUAGUAAAACGUCGAUGUUUCAGCUCAACACCUUCGAGCAUCAAUAAUGAUUUACUGUCUUUUGUUCCCUUUCUUUUGAACUGCCGCAUGGUUAAUUUUACAAUAAGCUGCAAUCGAAUGGGUUUGCUUUUGACCUUUUGUUGAAUCUACUAGAAUCUGGUAAAUCCCUGCCAGAGCAGUUUGUGGAGGAACGACGCUACAUCUUAAACGCGACAACUUACUACGUUGCCUUAGAACCAGCGGACAUUGCUUCGGGAGCUAUGGGAUAAAUACAUUAAAUAGCAUCAAGCAGAAACCAUCUUCUCAAUGUACAUGCAUCGCAAACUACCAAUCCGUCGAACCAUGCCGGAUUAAGUCUACGAUUGCCAACCGAAGAAAGUAAACAUAAAAGGCACUC